UCCUCCGUCUGCGCCUCUCUACACCUCUCUACGCCUCUCUCCUCCGUCUAUGCCUCUCUAUGCCUCUCUACGCCUGUUGAGUGAAAUGACAAAGAAAAAUCACUCAUUGGGGGGAAUUGAUGAAGGGCGAGAAUGAUGAUGAUGUAGUGGGCGCAGAGCAUGGGGCUGGUGCUGGUGCCGGUGUCACAGCGAUGGAUGGGAAGAGAAUGCCAGUUCUAUCGUUGGGCACAGGAUCAGCCAAGCGUGAAGAAAAGUACAAUGCAGCCAAGGCAUCCGAAUGGGGCCUCCUCAGUUGGAUUUUCGACAAUGGCAGCACACCCAUCAUCGACAUUUUUGGUGAUGCUAGUUCUGAUAUUUCUCAUUGCAUUCAGAUUAUGGUUGGAAAAAUUCCUUUAGGGCUUGAUUUGACCUUGCAAAGAACGGAAAACAUCUCUAGGGAAGGUAUUUUAUUUUUUGUAAGAUACAGUUCAUGUUUUAUUUCAAAUAUUUUUCUUUAUAGGCAUGUAUAUGUUAUAAAUGUUCAUAAAUUUACCUAUUAAUUUUCUAGUGGGUUUGAGGUGUUAAUUGCAGCAGCAAGGUUUGAGCUUUUGGACUGCAGUGGAUGGAUUUGUACGUUAGGUCUUGGUUCAAUAAACUAGCACCAUUUUAUAAAUCUACUCUUAUUUAUAUUUCCUUGCUCUAUCCUUAUUCCAUUUCAGGUACACCUCUUCUCUUUUCCAUUUUGUUUUUGGCUCAAAUCUCGUGUUUAUAGUAGAGACUUUAUUUAAGAUUUGCUCCCAUUUCUAAUUCUUGCAAAACACUGGAUCAUUUUUAUAUAUAAUGAUAUCAAUUUUUAGAUUACGUGUAUAUAUACUAAAAUUUCUUUUGCUGCAUUUUCACAUGAUUAUGAUUUGGGUUUUGAUUUUUUUUUCAAUCUAUG